UCUUUAAUCACGAGAAAUGUGAUAUUAACCAAAAGCUAUUUACCUAAACCCAAAAUCUACGAGUAAAAUCAUCCUUAAAACCACUUAAAAUGGUGUCAAAUCAUGCUCUGAUAGCGGUAUAAUAUAUUAAAUAUUGAUGCACUCUCAUUGUUUGAAUCUUUUUAUUUUAUAUAAUUCGGAGUGAAUCUUUCAAGCGCCUGCGAUUAUCACCAGCUGUUUCAAAUUGAAUUGGUAACUUCUUCUUGCAACUUUUCUUCUUCCGUAACUUCUCUCUCUCUGAAGCACAGAGAGAGAGAGAGAGAGGUGGCAUUUGGCGGUGGGGUUUUGGGUUUUUGAUUCUUUGGAGGAAUUUUAGUAUUUGCGGGAAUUUUCUGUGAAAACCUGAACUUUUUCUGCGGAUUGGUGGUCUGGGUCUCGCUAAAAAUGCAAUCUUUAGACAAGUCCGGCGUUGAUUUAGAAGCUGGGGAGUGCGGGGACGGCGGCCGGCGCAAUUCAGCCGCCGUGAGCGGUGGCCGGCCGUGCUCCUCUGAAGCUGUGGAGGUGGGUAAUCCUGAAGUUUCCGGCGUGCUGCCGGAGAAGAGGAUUUCUUCCGUGUCGGAAUGCUCUGUGGAGGUGGAUCUGGAGGGGGCUUAUGCAAAAGAGGAAACCAAAUUGCAUUUUCUGAGAACAGAUAGGGAUUGCAGGAUUUGCCAUCUGAGCAUGGAUUCAGAGAAUCAAGAACCCUCCGGGACUGGGGGGGUCUUCAUUGAACUAGGUUGUUCUUGCAAGGAUGAUUUGGCUGCUGCCCACAAACACUGUGCUGAGGCCUGGUUCAAGAUUAAGGGAAACAGGAUUUGUGAGAUCUGUGGAUCAAUUGCUAGCAAUGUUGUAUGCGUGAACGAGGCAGAGUCGAUUGAGCUGUGGAGUGAAGCGAAUGCUGCUGCUGCAGUAGCGGGAUCCAGGCCAGUGCCCCAGGUAGAGUCUCAACGCUUCUGGCAAGGUCAUCGGUUUCUCAACUUCAUGCUAGCCUGUAUGGUUUUCGCCUUUGUAAUCUCCUGGCUCUUUCACUUCAACGUGUCCUCGUGAAUCGUGAUCCUCGAAGAUUGUAAACCGCCCAACUGAAAAACCCUUGUAUAGUUACCAACAACAUUGGUUCAGGUUAGAAUUCUGUCCUGUCCUACACCACUCUUGCCUGUUCAGGUUGUCCUUGCCCUGGUUUGCAAACUUGUUCAUAUUGUUCUGAGAUUUUUAUGUAUUAAUAGUGACAUUAUAGUUUUUUUAAAUAGAUUUAAGAAGAGAAUAUUGUUGUGUACUUAGCUGUAACAUAGUCCUGCUCAUAAUGUGCAACUAUUGUUUCACAAGGAAUGAUUUUAUGCUACCUUUAUUCAUUUUUUUACAGUUCCUA